CCGCGGUCCCCGCCCGGCCGCGCCGGCCGUGGGCGGUGUCGCCGCUGGUCCCCGGCCGGGUGGCGGUCCCCGGCGCCGUGCCCCGAGCCCGCGGCGUGCAUGGCCCUGCUGGGGCGGCGAUGGCUGCGCGCUGAUGGCCCAGCUCGCCAUGGCUGCCAGAGAGGAGCUGUACAGCAAAGUCAUCCCCCGGCGGAACCGCCAGCACCGCGCCGGCACCAUCAAACAUGGCUCGUCGCUGGAGAUCCUGCUCUCCAUGGGCUUCCCCAAAGCACGGGCACAAAAAGCGCUGGCAUCGACAGGUGGAAGGAGCGUUCAAGCAGCAUGCGACUGGCUCUUCUCCCACGUGGGUGACCCGUUCCUGGAUGACAGCCUGCCCCGGGAGUACGUGCUGUACCUGCGCCCCACCGGGCCCCUGGCGCAGAAGCUCUCCGAGUUCUGGCAGCAGUCGAAGCAGAUCUGUGGCAAGAACAAAGCUCACAACAUCUUCCCCCACAUCACCCUCUGCCAGUUCUUCAUGUGCGAGGACAGCAAGGUGGACGCUCUCACAGAAGCCCUGCAGGCCACGGUGAUGCGCUGGAAAUGCAAAUUCCCCACCCCGCUGCCCCUGGAGCUCUACACCUCCUCCAACUUCAUCGGGCUCUUCGUCAAGGAGGAGAGCGCCGAGGUGCUCAAGAAGUUCGCGGCAGACUUCGCUGCAGAGGCGGCUGCCAAAGCAGAUGUCCACGUGGAGCCCCACAAGAAGCAGCUCCACGUGACCCUGGCCUAUCACUUCCAGAGCAGCCACCUGCCCACGCUGGAGAAGCUGGCGCAGAGCAUCGACGUCAAGCUGGGCUGUGACUGGGUGGCCGCGAUCUUCUCCCGCGACAUUCGCUUUGUCAACCACGAGACUCUGCAAGUGAUCUACCCCUACACCCCCCAGAACGACGACGAGCUGGAGCUGGUCCCAGGGGACUUCAUUUUCAUGUCCCCAGUGGAGCAAAGCAGCACGAGUGAGGGGUGGAUUUAUGGCAUUUCCCUUGCCACCGGCUGCUCGGGGCUGCUGCCCGAAAACUACAUCACCAAGGCGGAUGAAUGUGGGACCUGGGUGUUCCAUGGGUCCUACUCCAUUCUGAACAGCACAGCUUGCCCAUCCCUUCAAGCCUUUGCUGAUGGAGCUCUGGAGAGAAGGCAGCAGGAAGAGCAAGGGCCAGGGGACGCUGGGCCACUCACCAUCAUCUGCCAGAACGUGCAGGUGGGAAAUUGUUAUUAUCACAGACAGAAAUUAUUAGGACAAAUUUCCAGUGAAUGGAUUUUCCCCAAAAAAUUUAUCUUUUCACUCCCUGCAGUACAAGUUACAGAGUUAUUUCAUGACACAACCCCAUCCCCAGACUGCCUCUUCAGCUGGGGUGGCAGGACCCAUCCUCUGCCCCUUUCACUUGGCACCUCUCCUGCAGGCAGGUACAUGCGCAGUAACCUGAACAUGCCUCACAAUUUACCUCAGAGGAGUGGUGGUUUCAGGGAUUACGAGAAGGAUGCUCCCAUCACCGUGCUGGGCUGCACCCAGGCGAGGCUCGUGGGUGAAGCCUUGCUGGAAACCAACACCAUUGUGGAUUACAUCUACAGCUCGCCGUCGCUGCGCUGCGUGCAGACAGCCCACAACAUCCUGAGAGGGAUGCAGCAGGAGAACAAGCUGAAGAUCCGGGUGGAGCCUGGCCUGUUCGAGUGGACCAAGUGGGUGUCCGGGAGCUCCCUGCCCGCCUGGAUCCCGCCCGCGGAUUUGGCUGCGGCCACGCUCAGCGUUGAUACAACCUACAGACCUCACAUCCCUGUCAGCAAGCUGGCGGUGUCCGAGUCCUACGACACCUACAUCAGCCGCAGCUUCCAGGUGACCAAGGAAAUCAUCGGCGAGUGCAAAGGCAAAGGAAAUAACAUCCUGAUAGUGGCUCAUGCAUCCUCCCUGGAGGCCUGCACCUGCCAGCUCCAGGGGCUGUCACCUCAGAACUCCAAGGAUUUUGUACAGAUGGUCCGGAAGAUUCCCUACCUGGGGUUUUGCUCCUGCGAAGAACUGGGGGACACUGGUGUUUGGCAGCUCACAGACCCUCCCAUCCUCCCUCUCACACAUGGACCAACUGGAGGCUUUAACUGGAGAGAAACCCUGCUGCAGGAAUAGGGAGAGCCUCUCCCAGCGCUGGAGAAUUCUCUUCUUCCUCCUGUUUUACUGCCAGCAGGACAAAACCCCUCCUCAUCUCUCCCGUGGCUCGCUCCAAGCACAUCUCACACAGCCACAGCCCUGCAAAAAGUCUCAUUUUUACACCAAAAUGGACUGAUUUGAGGGGGAGAAAAAAUAUUAAAAUACAGCUUGAGGCUCUUGCACAGCUGGGGGUUGGUUUCCUCACCUUGAAGGAGCUCUGGUGACAAUUUCACUGCCACUGCAGCAGGGACGAGGAGCCCUGUGCCAGGCAGGAUGCUGGGCUUGUUUCCUCACUGCUGUUUUUGCAAAAUGUCUGCAGCCCCAUUCAGCACCUCGUGCUUGCUCCACUCCCAGCCCCCAAACCCUCAGCACCUUCCAGAAAAAAUGAAAGGAUUUGAUUUCCUGCCCCAAGGCUGGAAACGAGUCGAGCGUUGCCUCUGCAGGAGGUGGGAGUGCCCAAAAUGUGCUGGAUGUUGUGCAGAGACGAAGGAAAAUCCUGGAUCAGAGGAAAAUUCCAAAUUUCACAUCAGCUGCAGGUGAAGUUUGAGCAUCGAAAGUCAGCACAGCAAAAGCUGGGAGGGAUUUUUUUGAAGUAGAGAUAAAAGAAGCCUUUUCCAACCAAACCUGAGGGAUUUAGGAAGUUCAGAUUUGAGUUUGAUUAUUGAAAUCCACCUGUUUGCCCAGACAUAGCCUAAAAGGUUUGUGCUGUUUAAAUUCCCUUCAGGAGGCUUUGGAAAAUGUUUUUUUUUCCCCUUUAUACUGGGAUUUUUGUGCUGGCUGUUCACCAGGAGUGUCUGUGUGUCCCUUUGGCAGCCCUGGUGAGAUUGUGCAGGCUGCUCCAGGAAGGCUGGGAUGGAUAAAAAAGCUGCUGGAAUUCAGCUGGAAUUCUCCAUGCUUUGCUUCCUCACCCUUUAAUUCCCAUGUGCCACCUGUCAUAAAGACAAAGCAGCUAAAAAAACCCAGCACGUUUCAAUUUAGGAACAACAUUUGAUGGAUUUACCCAGGGAGGGAAGGGUUGGGAUUGGGGGAAAGUGGAAGAGGAGGGUUUCCAUCUCUACCCAAGGAGUUUGGGAUCACAAGGGGGAUCCUCUUGGUGCCAGAGCCUGCAGGAUGCUAAAAAAACCUGCAUCCCAAAAUACACCACAGUCGGUAUUUAUAACAUAAACUGGCAGCAGAGCAGGGUUUUUUAGGAUUAGAUUUAUAAAAAUUAUCAGCUUUGGUGAUAAAUUAUCAAUUAUCAAUAAAUUAGAGAUUUUUUUUUUUUGGUGAUAGGAUAAUUUAAAAUGAUGAGCUUUGGUCAAAAAAUUGCUGCAGGCACUUCAGCAGUGCAGGUUUGCUGCCAGCAGGUCCUUAAAACUGGGUUUAAAUGGGAUUUAGGCAAACUUCUCUCUUGGUUUGGACCACAAGUGUGGGCAUUAACAGGAACAGAACCAUCCCAGAAUGGUUUGGGUUGGAAAAGACCCAGGCUGGCCUUGGACCCUUCCAGGGACGGGGCAGCCACAGCUGCUCUGGGCAGCAAGGGCAGAAUAAUUUCCAAAAGUGUGAAAACCACAAAAGAAGGAAAGCAAAAGCAGCAUCCAAGGCACCUGGGGUGUUCCAGGAGAGAUUUCUGCCGUCCUUGCCCGGUCUGCCUCUGCUGAAAGGUUUGAAAUGGGUGAGAGGCACAGAUUUGGUGUUUAUCAAUCAAAUAAAAAUCGAGUUCUCGUGGUGUUCGGGUGGAUUUUCCCCUUGGGCAGGGCUGUUGUCAGCUCCCCCCUGGGAGUGGCAAAGGGCAAUUCCAGCUUCCCAAAAAAAGGAGGAACAAUUGGGAUGGAGCAAACCCCGAGGGGCUGAGCUCAGCUUGGGGCUCCAUUUCAUAGCCAACAGCCCAGCUAUUCCCACAAUCCACAGGAAUAUUCCAUUAUUUCUACUUUUAGGACUGUGUAACACACCUUAGGCCACGCAUAAGUGCUUUAUUACAGCAGGGAUGGAACUGAAAAAAGUCAGGGAGAAAAUUUAGGACAGGGCAGGGGGAAAAAAACCAACCUGGUCCUGUGUGGUUUUAUCGCUGUCAGGUUCAUUUUUAAUUGUCAUUUAAACUAUUUUUGGCUGUCUACAGACAUUCUGAAGAGCAUUUCUUGUUUUUCUCCAUGCAAAAAAAAAAAAAAAAAAAAAAUUAAAUACUUGACAAUCACACACACACAAAAAAAUUUGGUUGCUGAGGCAUGUGAAUUCUCCAGAUUUUUUUUUGUUUCAUGCCAGCAAGGUGUAAAUUGGGGCAAGAAAUAUUGUUGUGUUCUAAUAUUUAUUGCUCAGAUGCUGCUGGAGUUGAGUGACAUGAAAAGGAGUUUCUUUAGGAGCAUGAAACAGAGAGGGAGCAAAAGCUGGAUGCACAAUUGGAGUGGUGUUAGCUGCUCUUUGAUGGAGUAAUAGAGAAAAAAGUGUUCUGUUUGAGGAGGUAGAUACUAAAAUACUCUUCUUUAAAAUAUAUAUAUAUAUUUUUGGAUGUUUGGGAAAUAUUUUGACAAUUGUAGUCUUGUCUCAAAUUAGGUGUCAAGAAUCACUGGGAGGAAAAAAUCUGAUUUUCUUCAGCAUUUUGAGUUUUCCUGGGGGUUUGUGCUAAGAAGUCUGGUGUAAAAAGGCUUUUUUGGGGGAAAAAAAGAGAAAAAAAUAUUCCUUUUAAUUUAGUAGAGAGGUUAAGAAGACAAAAGAAUUGCUGCUUCACUUUCACCCCGUUGCUGCUCAUUAAUGUGGAUUUAAUGUCACUCCAGUGGUUUGUCCCAGAACAUUAAACUUGAGCUCCCCAAAGUCUUUCCCUUCCCUUGAGCUGCAUCAGAUCCCAAGUUUUAUUCCAACAGCACUUCCCAGGUUUUUCCUUCUCCCCACAAUGAAGGAAAAAAAGCUGCAAACCUGCCAAGAAGAAAUGGUCAAUCCUCACAAUUUACAAUGUAUGGCUGAGGAAAAAACAAGAAUUAAACUGACAUUACACUCGAAUCAGCAGAGCUGUGCUUCUUUAUGCAAAAUGAGGAUCCAGACCGUGAUAAUUUCAGUAAAAAUUGGUAUUUCCCUUUUCUCCCCCACUGAGCAGUUGCAGACAGGAGUUGGCCUCCUUCUGCUGUUAAAUUCUAGGUGAAGUUAAUGAGAGUGGUAAUUUUUAUCCCCAAAUAAUGGCUUUGCUCUGUGGUUUGGCUUCGUUUCUUUGACAGAGGAAACGAUUUGGAAUUCUCAGGUAGGAGGGAUGGGGGAGCAGAGGUGUCACUGAACAGAAGAAAUGCAAUUAACAGCGGCUGUUAAUGAACAGGUUGGCUGCAAAGGCUCAAAAUCACUUCUUGCUGCUCCCCACUUCCUCAAAUUCAUCCCCUGGGGAAUCUUCAGGACCCACAAGAGAAAAUACUCAGCCAGUUCUUUUACUACUUCCCAUUAAAAUGUAUUUUCUGAACUUUCUCUCCUGGCAUCUCUUCAGACCUGAUGUUAUCAACAGCUCCUUUUACUUUUCUUUUCUUUCAUUUUCAACCUGUUGUAUCAUUCUGUUUAUUAUGGUUUUGUUGUUUUGUUAUUUUUUUUUAUUUAGUGUGAGCAGAUUAUAUUUAUUUGAGAAAAAAAAGUUUUGCUGUUAAAAAAAAAAACAAAACAAUCAUUGUAUUGCCAAAAAUAGCUGUAAUUACCUGUGACAUCUGUAUUUUUUUAUUUUGGGGGUGGGGCAGGCAGGGGGGGUGGGUGGUUGUUUUUAACCUCAGUUCUGAGUGCUAACAACUGUUAAAAAACAACCACUGCAUUUUAAUUUGCUUCUCACAUUAAAUGGAAUUCUCAGAAAUC